AUGUCACGUGUUGAAAGAGAUCAAGAAGAAAUUCUCCCUCCCACUUUUACUUCCUAUGAAAAGUAUUGUAAUGAGCUUAAUAAUUUUCUUAGUCAAUAUGAAUAUUUGUUUGUAGGAAAUACUUAUGAUGAAAAUCAUGAAUUAUUGUCUGCCACUAAAAGCGUUCAUUGGAUGAUAACUGAUCAUUAUCGUAAUCUUCCAACUGAAUGGAUAAAAGAAUAUUAUGAACCAUUAGAACAUUAUCUUCAAACACAUCCUGAACACUCAAAAGAGGUUUAUUGUUAUCUGAUGAAUAUAACAACUGAUGUUAUGCCAUCUGUUGUUCUUCCACCAAAAGUUGAUAAAGACGUAGUAAAUUAUUUAGCCUCUAAUUAUCCUUUACCUGUUUCUCUUCAACAAUUUAUUGAUACUUGUAGAAAAUUAACACCAACAUUUAAAAUUGCUGAAAUGGAUAGAAUUCAAGACCCAACUACAAAUAGUUGGUUUGUUGUUGAUUUAAAAGGAAAUUCUCAACCAAUUGAUUUAU